UUCAACCAAAAACAAAGAACAUAUAAGAUCCAUUUUGAUUUUCAACACACCCAUGAAGUAAAUGAAAAUAAAGAAGAAGGCUGGUGAAGCUCCUCAAGCCAUCGGCUGAUGAAGUUCCUCCGGCGAAAUUGCCAACGAAGAUAAAGAAAAAGGCAAGCAUGAGGUCACUACGAAAUCAGUGUUUGAUUCACGAUUUAAAGCUGCAAUGACAACACCCAACAUAUUUCCUCCAUAUAAAAUCAACAGAUCAAACCCAUAAAACCCAUCUCUCCGGCCUUCAUUACCCACUUAAACCUCAUAUAAACAACGGACACAAAAAAAGGGGUGUUUGUUAUUUACAAUUACAGUAAUUCGAUAAAUACCGAAAUAAAUAUCAAUAAAGCCUAAAGGCCCACGGUAUUAAAUUACUAGUCCUGCCCAAUAGGCUAGACCUACCCAUCAGUUCACAGUGUAAAUCCCUAGCACAUUACACACACAAAAGCUCCAAGUCGACCUUUACACAUACACAAAAGCUCCAAGUCACCUAACACACAAAAAAAACCCUAAUCAGGGUUUUAUAUACUCCCCAAGCUCGGGUCGAGACCACACAACUCAUUUAAGUGAAUAAAAUUUGAACUAUGUCAGAUGAAAGAUGAAGCAAGUCAAACAACCAAUGUGGGUGGAAGCACACCUAUUACUGAAUCUCUCAAUUCAACACUGGAAGUUGAACAAGAUCCAGUGACUGUGAAGAGGAAAGCUAUACAACUAAGAUCUGCUGCUUGGCCGCAUUAUGAUAAGCUCAUAGAAGAUGGAAUUAAUAAAGCAAAGUGCAGGUGCUGGUGUGGUUUGUUUGGCUUUCCCUUGCUCUUCUUUCAUUUGGUUCUGUAUUUGGAGAAUGGAAUCUGCAACCAAGCAUGCCGUUGUGGUGAAAGUCAGGUGAGAGUCAAGUUUAUUGACGACCAGAACAGGUUUAUCAUGAGAAAUGUCAAGGGACCAGUCAGAGAGGGUAAUGUUCUUACACUGUUGGAGUCUGAUAGGGAGGCCAGGGGAUUGCUUUGAGCGUAUAAUUAUGAAUGCCGCAUUGUAAUGCAUCGAAUACUUGAUACUGGAUGGGAUUUAUUUCCUAUUUAAUAGCCUCCGGUUUUGUUUCUUAGACUUGUAAGUUUAGACAUGUCGAUUUUGAGGUGUUAACCAUGAUUCGUGUAAUUUUGCUGCACUUCACGUUUUUGGAAUUGUUUAUGAUUAAUAUUUUGCUAGCUUUGCAUCAAUGGCAGUAACUAAUGGUUCAGAUU